AUCAACAAACAUAGAAAUUACUAGCAGGCGCUAGUAACAGCUUCAUUAAUUUCUUAACCCACCCGAAACUCACACCCAAUUACCCCACCCCAAUUACAAUGCCCAGCCCCGUCUCUAACCACCGACCCGCCGCCAUCGAUAAUCAAUCCGAAUCCGACCAUCAAUCCCUAGCCGACGAUGAAGAGUACGAGGAAAUCGAGGUAGAGGAAGAAACAGAAGUGGAGGAAGAUGAAACUGAUGAUAAUGACGAAGACGAAGAAGAAGAAGACGACUUUGGCGAAGUCUUAUCACCAAUCAAUCAGGAUCAAACACGUGAUGCUUCCCCCGACAAUGUUAUCUUGGAACAUGAAGAUCAAUCACAUCCAGUUCUGCUCACACAAGAAAAUGCUGUGAAUGUAAAAUCAACAGAUAUGCAUGAGGUAGAAGGUGAUAAAGGUGUGCAUAGUUCUGUUCAAAUGGAUGUAUCAGAAAGAAGGGGCUCAAGCAGCCUUCAUGUGAAUUUUCUAUGUUCAGAAUUAGGGAAAGAUGUGGUUGCUACUGGGGACCACAAGUAUAUAGAACCCAAUCCCCAUUCACGAUCAAGAACAUAUAAAGACGAUGUUGAACAGAAAAACACAGCACUCCCAAAUGGCAAUGGCAUUUUAACUGCUCAGACCAUUGAGUCUGCUAGGAGUGCUGGUGCCGAAUCGUCUGCUGCUGUUUCAAUGAAAGAUAACUUGGGUGGGAAGACUACCGCUCUUUACUAUUCUGAGGAAAAAAAGAAGCAGAGCUUGCAGAAUGAGGAUUUUAAGCUCAAUGAAACAAGAUUGGAAAUUCCUACGUUAAAGCCAAGUAGCUUGUCCCCCGGUGUGGAGUUUAAGGCUGGGACUGAUAAACCAGCUAUUAUCUGUGAUUUUUUUGCCCAAGGUUGGUGCAUUAAGGGAAAAUCUUGUAGAUUCCUUCAUGUAAGCAACAAAACCACCCAACAGCACUCGGGAGCUGAAGCUGAUGCUAGUCACAAGACUGAGCGACGAACUAGUGAAGGAUCGGAUUGCUCCUCAAAAAAGCCCCGGUUGGCUACUUCUCCUGAUGAAGUAGCUCCUGCAGUAAGCAGAUCAUUGGACAGACUUCUGUCACAUGAACUUGGUCAAAGUUUAAAAUGGAAAAAUGAAUCAGAGGAGGCGAGCCCUUAUAAAGACAACUCCAGCAGUGCUGGAAGAGAAUAUCUAAGAGGAGAAAAUUGGUACUUGAACAAUCAUGGAAAGCAUGGUUCAGAAGAAUUGGCUGCUACGAGAAGCCAAUUCACACUUGAUGAGCGCAUGCCCCCCUUACGGCGCUCAUGGGAAGCAAACUUCAAUAGUGGGAAAUUACCACCAACUCAUGUUCCAAGCUGGACCAAGUCAUCUUUGCCAUUUGGUUCUACUUGGAAUUUAGACCCACUAAAAUCUCACAAGUGCUUAGACGUCGAAAGAGAAUAUGGUGCUUCUAGAUCUGCUUCUCUGCAGAAGACCCCUUCACCAUUCUCAGGUUCUGAAUCUAAUAAUCCAUCUAGAAUGCCCGUGUCCGGUGAUUCGCAGCAUCCUGCUGGAUAUAAAACAGAAGUGCCUUCCUUCCGUUGGGAGGUAUCUGCACCUUUUCGGCCAUCGUUCGAUCUUACAAAACGUUUGUUGUCUUCGGUUUACCAAUACGAUCCUAUCCGUGAUAGCAUUGAACAGUCCAAUUUAGCAGAUGUAUAUUCUAGAUUUUCUGGUGCUGGUCAAGAGAGUAUUGUCUCAGGUUAUAAUGUUGGUGAGCAAUCUUUUGGCAGGAAUCAAAAUAUCCUUGACAGUAAUUUGAACAAGAUAAACUAUGGAAAGGAUUUGUUUUCAGCUGAAACAGGAACUCCUUUGAGUGCCAUCACUGAAAUGCAAAAUAAAGUUGCCGCCCCAAAAGAAGAGAAGCUCUUGGAAUCCUUGUAUAUUCAAGAUAUUAAAAAGAGAAAUACACCAAAUACUGAAAAUGAUGAAUAUGCAACUCAGACUGAUAGCUCAAGACAGAAGUUAAAAUCAGGAGACAUGGCUGGACGAAUCAGUGAAAUGGAGGUUGGUGUUAAGGUAAGUGAAGAUAUUGCCAAGGAGACAAAAGCCCUAAAACACUUCCGUGCUGCUCUCAUAGAAUUUGUCAAAGAAUUGGUCAAACCAACUUGGCGUGAGGGUAACCUGAGCAAGGAUGCUCACAAGACGAUAGUUAAAAGAGCAGUAGACAAAGUCCUUAGCACGAUACCAGCUCAUCAGAUUCCAUUUACUUCAGAAGCAGUUGACCUUUACCUUUCUUCAUCCCAGUCGAAAAUUUCAAAGCUCGUCGAGGGUUAUAUUGACAAGUAUGGAAAAAUUUGACCUGCCUGUACUUGGUAAGUUUUACAACUUUAAGCGGUGAAGAUUACUUUCAGGAACAACUGUUGGAGAAGAAACAACUGAGAAUGAGAUAUGUGUUAUUUCAAGUUCUGAGACUUCUUGCUGUAGGAAUCAUGUUUCAUAGUUGGCGUUUUGUUUGAUGUUGAAUAUAAUCGCUCUAUUGUUGGUUCGUUUUAUUUAUUAAUUUUGUUUUAGACUUCUAUAGACCACCUACCCCCAAUCCACAUAGAUCAUAGAAUUUCAAACUCUUCCUUUAAUGUCUAUGUAGUUCUUGACCAUGUACCAGAAUCUCUGCUAGUAAUUCCUAAUUAGUAACUAUAGUAUUGAAAUCUUGGAGGUGGUUGCAGUAAAAUGUUGUGAGGUUAAAUCAGUAGUAUACCUUGAAGAUAAUAUUAGAUUGUUUCGACAUCCAACUCUUGGAAAAAUAGGAGGUACCUGACAUUGUCCUCAUCUAAAAUAUAAUCAGAAUCCUCAAGUCUGAAAGGAAAAAUAUGAAAGAAACAAAUCGAGGACCAAACAAAAAACACAAUCCUAAUGCAGAAAAGAAGUACCAAAGCCUGUUGGAAUUUUUUUGAUUUUUAAGGGUCACUAUACAAUAUAGGAGAAAAUAAUUGUUAGCCAUCAAAGCCUUUAGAUAUACUAAAUUUUCAAAAACUUAAUCCUUUAAAUCCCUCAAGUCUGUACACCCAGUCAACAGAAAAACUUAAUUAUACUCCACAAUGGAAUGGAAGCAUAGUCUUCAAGUAUUAGGGUAUCCUCUUUUAGACAAAUAGCACUAUAUGUUUGCAUAAAGCACGGUUUCCACAAACACCACUCUGUAAGCGCCCGGGUAAGAGAACACAACGCAACGAAGAGAUUGAAUUCUGGGAACCACAACUGUCUCGUGAGCCAACACUUAGAUGAGAACUCCGAUGCGAAUAGUAGUGUUUUGCACAAAUAUACUCGGUGCUAGGUUAUUGUAAAGAACACUCACCUUUUUUUGGUCCAUUGGCCUGUAGAAUUUUGUUUAGGGAGCUUUUCCUCCUUGACCUUGUGUAGAUUUUUACUCAGCAUAGUCAUCCUCAUUUAUUGAACAAUUCAAAGACCUAAACACUAAACACUAACGCUAAAUUCAGAAACCAAAUUUCUACGAAUUAUCACUUAUCCAAGCAUUAGCCUAAUAACGAAACCGAUUUGUUUCUUUGCUCCCUAAUAUGAAAAACUAGGCUUGAUAGAGAUCAAGAAAUUAUGAGAUUGAUUUCCACUAAUUUUUAAUUAUUUUGCUGUCAACUUCAGUUUUAUUGUGGUACUAUUUAUUUCGAAUACUCUAGAUCUAUGUAGUAGGUUAGUAAUAUGAUUUGCUCCUUUUAUUUAUUUACUCAAAUCGUUCUUAAUCUAAAUGUAUCAGUUGGCAAUUUUUAUUUGUUUUUAUUUUUUAUGACUUUUGUCCUGUAUUUAUUGAUUUGUGGGUUGACAAUUUAUGAACUUGUAGAUUAUAGAGUAUUGGAGUUUAUUUUUCUUAGUUAUAUUAUUGGGUUAUAUCAAACUGGCCACCCAUUUCGUCAAAAAAUCUCACUUGACCCACCCAAAAAAUUUCGGACUCAUUUAAGCCACUAUAAACCAAAUAUAUAUCAUUUUACCCAUUUCAUUAUUUAUACCUUUUUACUUAAUUAUUUAUAAAAAAUUAACCGUUUAUUUUUUUACUACAAAACCACUUCGAGUACUUUCAUAAUAGUCCCUGAUAUUUAUUAAAAUAAUUUGGGAAUUUCUAAAGCAACAUAGCCAUGUAGUUAAGAAAAAAAAUAUAGUUAUAGAUAUAGUUAUAUGAUCAUCCUAGCUAUGUUGCUUUAGGAAUUCCCAAAUUAUUUUGAUAAAUACUAGGGACUAUUAUCAAAGUACUCGAAGUGGUUUUGUAGUAAAAAAACAAACGGUUGAUUUUUUAUAAAUGUUUAAGUAAAGAGCUAUGAAUAGUGAUGAUAUAUAUUUUGUUUAUAGUGGCUUAAAUGAGUCCGAAAUUUUUUGGGUGGGUCAGGUGAGAUUUUUUGACGAAAUGGGUGGGCAGUUUGAUAUAAAACCCUUAUAUUAUUAUAUGCAUAAACAUACUAUAAAUUUAGCAUGUCAAUAUUUGGUCGAUUUGGCAAAUCAUGUAGGAAAAUAAGAAUCAUGGUAUUCAAAAUUAGAUAUGAAUUAGGAUUUAAUUCCUUUUUAUUACGAAUAGUUUUCGGAUCUCUUCAUGCAAAGUUUGUCAUCUACUAUUAUAUUUUAGAUUUUAUUCAAUAAAAAAAAGUUAAAUAGUUUUUCUACUUUUGAAGUUUGCAAUUUAUCAUAUCAUCUCUGUUAUGCUCUUAGAAGGAAACCCUAGGGAUAGUCGUUCUUUUUCCGUUUAAUGAUGUUAGUACUUAUAUGUUAUGGUUGGAGUUUUACCAAUAAUCCACCCAACCCGCCUUUUGUUUUCCAUUGUUUUUUUUUCUUUCAUUACAUGUCAUAACCAAAAUCAAAUAUGGGUUAAAUGACAUUUAGGUCAGUCAACUCGAUACUAACUUUCAGUUGGGUCAUCCAACUCAAAGCCCAAUCCGUCAAUUCACCAUCCUCUUAAAAAUUUUCAAAAUGGUCAUUUAGCGUUACUGACAUUAAAAAAUGGAUGGAAAGCUGAGUGAGUGAUCUGACAUGGUGUGGACCUCAUCUAAGCAUUACACCCGACCUCGACCCAAUUGUUAUAUAACCCAUUUAAUCUCCUUCCACCUUUUAUGCAAUCUCUCAGUUAGGAAUCAUAGCAAGCUCCCCAUUAAUCCACUAUGUAAACUGUUGCAGAACUUCAUCAAAUGCUUAAUAUCAUAAAUCAUGGGAAAGUACAUAUUAAUUAGCCAGAAGAAUCCAACUUGAGUAUCAAGCAAAUUCUGUCAAGUCAAGAUGUUAAGCAAAUAGCCAAAAUCAUACCCACUGUGAAAUGUAACACCUCCUGGGUUAGAUCAGCAUAACUUAUAAGGAUAGAGUCAAGCAACUCAUAUGGAGGAGCUGAUCAGUAAGAUCUAGUCGAGGGUUAGUGGUGCUGACCCUAACAUUGACCAGUAUUCUAGUAGUAGCUGAUCCUAACAUUGUUGUGUUGUGUGUCCUAUCAGCGUCCGAUUGAGGGUUUCUAGUGACUCCGUGGCACCCUCUGUGUCUGAGUCUCCGACUAGAGGCUAUGCCUCAGAUUUUGAGGAUGAUUCGGAUCCCGAGGGGCGAGGAGCAGACUUUAGAGCCUAUAGCUGAGAAGACCCCUUUCCUCCCACCUGUUAUCCCGACCCCUGCUGUUCCCUGUGCUCCUAGUCCGAGUAUCCGACCCAGUUGGGUUCAGAGGUCCGUGUCUGCAGUUCGUGAUUUCCCUCCUGGCUGUGGAUCCCGGGCAUCUUCUGUGAGGCCUCUUGUGCCAUAUGCCCCUUCUCUAGGUACCCCCACUCCAAUCCCUCACCAUGUUCACUAGGCAGUUGAUCGAGUUCUUCUCGAGAGCAAAGUCCAGAGCUAGCUGAUCAUCUCGACCGUGUGCCCAUUAGACCUUUUCAGGGAGUGGCUGCUCUGCUCGCGAUAUUCAGGCUAGAGUGAGGGCCCUGACCCAGGCUGUUAUCGAGAGAGCUAGAGAGAUUGGCCCUUAUGUUAGUUCAGAGGCUAGGGCAGCGCAGUAUCGCGGAUUGGUAGAUUGGCUAGUAUUUGAGUUGGGAGUGAUCGUAGGCAGUGGCUAGAGUUCCGAGAGAGGUUUUGGCUGUUGAGAGGGAUGACAAUAUACUGUAGCAUCCCCAUUUAUGUUGUCAAGUACAUUAUCCAGAGUCUCACAAUGAAGAUCAUGAGUAAAUUUACCCUAAUAGAUAGUAAAUUACAAUUCAAUUUGGGCACAUAAAGAACGGAAUCGAGAGUUAGGUUCUUAUUUACUUUCACUGAACCUAAACCCUCAGCCUUCAAGGAUGUGUCGUCCGCUAUUUAUACAGAUGAUGCUCGGCACCAGUCUCAUACUGAAAUUUAAAAAAAAUAUUUGCAUUUCCUGUCAUAUGAUUCGAGGCUCCCGAAUCAAGAAUCCAUGUGUUAGGUCUUUUAUUUACAAAAAGAGCUAGUGGAUGAUUACCGUUCAUAGCAGUAUUCACAUGUGAGGUUAUUUGGGACUGACUUAGAAGUGUCUGAUGUGCCUCUGGUUGUGCUUUGUUGAAUGGUGAUGAGUCCAAUUCAUCCAUUUGUCUUUUAACACUGAUAUUUGAAGUGGAAGCAACGUUGCCAUGGCUCUCCUUGUCUUUCCAUGACUUUGACUUUCGAUCAACGGACUUUCCAUGAAGUUUCCGGCAUGUUUCUUUGAAUUGCAUCAAGAUCCUUGUUAAGGCCAUGAUGAAACUUGAAAGUUCUCUUUUUCACCAUAAUACUUUUGUAUAGAUUGGCGUCUUCUGCACAUCCCCAAGAAUAGAUUUCAGACAAAUCUAAUUGUUGCCAGAAAUGAGUAAGAGUGUUGAAAUAUUGUGUGACUAAUGUAUCUUCUUGACGAAGAUCAUAAAGAGCAGCUUUAAUUUCAAAUAAUUUUGAUAUGUUUUCAGAACUUGAAUAUGGAUCCUUAAUAGCAUCCUAAAGUUCCUUGAUUGUUGAAUAAAGAAGAAAGUUUUCUCCAAUAUCAUUACUCAUGGAACCAAUUAGCCAUGAUUUAAUCAUGUGAUUAUCCGCUUUCCAUGCUUUAUGGUUUGUAUAAGUUGAUUUUAGAAUGUUAAUUUCCCUUGCAAGAUCUUCUUCUUUUCCUUUUCCGCCAAUGAACAUCAUCAUAGACCGAGACCACUGAAGAUAGUUAUGGUUGUUGAAUUUGUGGCUGGUAACAGAAAACAACCUCAACACAAUGAGUGGAAAAACCAACAGAUAUAACUGGAUUAGAGAUGGUGGUGGUAUGAGAGGAUGCAUCAAAUUUUAGGCUUUGCUUUUCAGCAACCAUGAUGAAGGAUGCUUGAAUAGAAUCAUAAAAAAGAAGGAUUAUGAAUAAGAGAUGCUCUGAUACCAUGUGAAAUUGGUACAAUGAUAUUUCAUUAUGUCAUAUGAACUACUUGUUAAUAGGCAAAUUACAACACACAUAUUGUUGCACAACUCCUUAAAUGAGGGGUACAACAAAUCCUAAGAACAAAAGUCCUAAGAAUCAUAGAUAAAAACAAGUCAAAGAUAUUGACAUUUCUCUUCUCUAGUUCACACCUAAUAUGUACACCAUUAAUCUACAAUAAAUAAUAAUAUUAAAUAAAUGCUUGAUUACUCUCUCAAGUAGAGUACUUUAGAAAUCGAGUUCGGCUCGAUUAGUGUUCAAAUAGCUCAUGCUCAACUCGAUAAUUGAAUAAAUUAAGAGCCAAACUCCUAACAACCAUUUUGGCUCAUUUACGCCCAUUAGUAAGCAAUAUUAUUUUUGGGGGAGGGUAUUUAAAUAUAGAAAUUUGUCUUAAAAUCUGCAAAUUAACUUAUUACAAUAUAAUAAUACCACUAGAUCUCGACACUUAAUCACACAUUUGCAAAAAGAUGGUGAUUGAAUACUAUGAGACAUCAUGUUUAAAACACAACAUAAAAUGGUGUCAUUGUCAAUUUUUCAAAUAUUUCCUUUUCAAUAUUUACUACCAAACUAUCAUUAAACAUUCAUUACCUAUUCGAUUUUAUAAAUUCAUCUUGACAGAAGUUGUAGUGAUGAGUACAAAGCACCCACCAAUCGAAAAACUUGAGCUUUCCAAGAUGUAAUUAUCUUCUUUGUAAGACUUCCUAAAUCUUCGAUGUUGACAAAUUCAUUUUUUUUACAUAAUAAUGAAUCAUCAAAAGCUUAGUCCAAGAGAUAUCAUUUGGAUAAAGUUCACCAAAAUGUACCAACUUAUCAACAUGAAAGUUAGAAUACAAAUACCUAGGUACAAGACAUGCUAAAAAAGAAUUAAUGCUAUAAAAAAAGUGUGUGCCAAUUUUUGGAAAAGAAGCAUCCAAAAAUUAAAUCAAUAACCUAGGUCACCAAGAAGAAAUAGAUUAAAGCAAUGAAAGAGCGAGCUAAUGUAAUCGACAUGAAAAUUAUUUUAAUUACCUCAUAAAAAAUGUCAACCAAAUAAUGAUGAUAAUUUUAGUAUCUCUUUGUCCAUAUAACUUCAUUAAGCAUGAGACUUUGUGAUAUCUCCCAUAUUAAAAUAUUAUCUAUUGAAACAAAAAAUUCAACUUUGUCUAGUAAUGUUUCCAUUUUUCUUUUUUCUUUUUUCAAAUUUCUUCAUUGAGUGAUAUAUUCCUUGUCCCUUGUCAAAUUUUUUGCAAUAGCUCCUUCACGCUAACAAUUAAAUUCAUAGUGUACAUUAUAUUUUGGACUUUCGAUUGCAAAGAAUAACCGACAAAUCAUUUGUUUAGCCAAGCAUAUAUUUCACAAGUCUUGUGAAAUAUGAACACAUUGCCAUAGCUUUACAUUUGAAAGUCUUAGAUAUACAUCGUGUAUAACUAUUACUGUCAUUAUCAAACAAAUUUUCAAGAAAUUUUAUCAUGAAAGGUCGUGCUGAAGUUAGGCCUAGUAAAGUUAUAUAGUGGGAUGCUAUUUAGUGUCACAUAGGCUUGCAUAUCAUUUUUCUUGAUUUUUUACCAUACCGUUGUUACUUUUUCUUGUCUCGAGGUGUAUAAUUAUCCGAUCAUGCUCAUUUUGUCAAAGUUAUCAAUCCUCUUAGAAGAUGGUCCACUCAUGUUCACAUUCGAGCCAAUGAGAUUGAACUAUCCACUCGAUUUGUUUUGGCACUAUAAUAACCAUUAAUUGAAGUUUAUGAACGAAACAAUGAACAUACCAAGCACAAACAUUUCAUUCAAAAUAAGAGACUUCAAUGCAUAAAAUUGUCCUUCCAUAUUUUGAGGCAUGAUCAUAUUCUUGACCCUACAAUUUAGACAGAAUUAGCCCAUGUUAUAACUUCAAAGGCAUGAGGUAUCACAACAUGUUCUAAACAUUUCGAUGAAGUUUCUUCUACGUGAACGACCACCAUCUAUUCUUGUAUUAUGAUAUCAAGAAAUCACGAGACUCAUCAAAUAAAAUAAUUAUUAAAUCAUCAUUGUUAUCUUUUAAUAUUUCAAAUGUAGUCUUUAUAGCAUAAACAUUGACCAUUACUUAUAAAUAUACAAAGAAGACAUUUGAUUAUUUCUGGGCGCAAUUAAGUAACAACAUUGGCUACCUCUUUAUUUCGUGUUAAAGCAUCUCUGACCCAUAACCUGUGUGGACAACAUUAUACACAAUGGUCUUCAUUUCCUCUUUUUUAAGUGAACAGCCUUUUAGGUAAAUUUUUAGAUAAUUCUUAAUGAUCCUUCGUAUUUGUAGAUUGGAAUGCUAUUUUUUAUAAUUGCCACAUCAGUUCCCGCCAAAUUAGAAAGUUAAAGUACUAUCCUCGUGAUCCAUUGGCUUAAAAUCAAUUACAUGAUAUUGUAAUUCUAUUUAUAUUAUUUUGACUAACCAAUUUAGCUAAUAACUUUGGAGAUGCUCUUAUACGACUUAUUUCAAUGAAGUUGAGGACUAUUAUAUUAAUGUGAAGACAAAAUAACAAUGCCGCAUCUAAAGUCGUCAUCAAACGAGUGUGAUAAGCAAUUCUCAUCUCACGCUUGUAGAUGAUAUUGAGGCGAACUUUGUCUUUCAUUUUUAGAAGCUUCAAAUUAUACUCUAGUAUUAUGAUGCGGGCCACCAACACCAUCAGCAUACUCAUUGAAUUUUCAAUUAAUCUCUUCCGGUUUUAAAAUCCAUUUUUCAUGUAUGUUUUAUCCCCAAAGCCCAUUUUUCAUGUAUGUUUUAUUCCCAAAGCGUGUGACGUUAAUUGGCUUGAAAAAUAACAUUUAAAACAUAAGCGCGAGCAAUCACUAUACUAUAUUUCAGCCAAUUAUUCUUUUAUACCAUUCUUUUAUACAUGAGCUUCUGAGUCGGUCUCCAAAUUUAAUUUUUGAGAAAAUCAUGUCCUUUUGGUUUACAAAUAGUUAUCGGGAAAAUCAUGUCAACCAUCUAUAUUCUCUGUGAAAACCAUCUACAUCUAUGCUACGAAUAUCAAACACAAUGAUUUGUUUAUACAAUCCUGCAUGGAUCAUCAAUUCAUCGUUUAGAGUAGGAGUAGUAGUAAGGGAAGUAGAAGUCGAAGUGGAACAUAUGUUACUACUUGAAUCUGCCGAAUCUCUUGGCCUUUUAGUUACAAAUUUAUCUAUUUCCUUGUAAUAUGUUAAACGAAGCAAAUACAAUUAUUGAUAACAUACUAAAUAGUCAAAUGGUCCGACUUACUAUAUUAACAAUUUAACAUUUCUUAUCUUGCUUAUCUUCGUAAGUUGUGUCAAAAGUCAUAUCUUUGGUGGCCCAAUACCCAAAUCAAAGCAAUGAAAGUGUUCGGUACUGGGAGAGGAACUAUCACUCUUAUCAUGGCGGUUGACUAGUCGUCAACAAGUUGAAGGAAGAAAUCGGAUUGAAGAGCUCAAUUUGCUAUUUGUUGCAUGAUCGGUGGACUUGCGCGACUGGUUGGACUACUUGUUGACUAGUCUAGUCAAUCAACUAGUGCAAAAACUAGCUCAAAUUAAAUAGAAUGAAUAUAAAGAUUUUUUUUUCUAAUACCUUAUCAACCAGAACGCCACAACCACCCACCUUAUUGGAAUCGAAACCGGUAUACACACACAUAUGUAGCGUGACACUCUAGUGAAUACCCCCUGCUAUAUGAGUUCUGUAAUACACCAUUAUAAAUACAUAUAUGAUACAUAUUUUUAUCAUAUUUUUUAUGAAAUAUAAUUAUAAAUUUUAUUUAUUAAAUCGAAAAAGAAAUUAUUCUUUUUAAUCCAAAAAUUAUUGAAAAUUAUACAAUAGGCCAACAUGAUUUUACAACAUAACAUUCAUUAUCCGUAAUUAUUCUAUUGUAGAACUAGUUUCGAAAAUCAAUUUUUUUUCCAAAUUUGUAAGUGUUGAACUGACAACUAGCAUAAAAGUCGCACAAGCCUUCAAAUCAAGUCAUAUUUUUAAUUAAAUAUUUAUUUAUUUUAUUUAUAAACUUUAAAUUUUAAUUCGAUUAUUCUUUUACUUUUCCAAUAUAUAUAUAUAGUCUUGUUCUAAUACAAACCAUCUUAAUCUACAAACUAAAAACUACAGCCCAACCCACACAAUUAUCAGCCCAGCCCAUUACUAUUAUAACUGGCGCCCAUCGCUAUAACAUAGCUAGCACCUGAAAUAUACACGAAUUACAUACAAACUCUUACAUAUUAACACAAACCCACUUUCUCUCCAUUCUUCGCCUUCUUCGAUUUCAAGAUGUAAUUACAACAUGUUAUUGGUGUUUUGAGCAAAAUUUAUGUGUUUUAGAGUCUAAUAUACUCGUUUACAGGUGUUUUUCGUUUUGAAAGACAACAAAUCUGAGUUUCGGCUCUGGAGUUCACCGAUAUCACUAAUUUAUAAAGCGAAUAUCACUAAUUUGUAAAGCGAAUAUCACUAAUUUGCACAACAUAAAUCAUCGAUUUCUAUAACUAUAUCAACAGCCACCCCACCUCCACCUCUUCCACCAGCUUAUCUCGACCUCUGCCACCACCACCUCCACCUCGACUCCUACCAACACCACCUUCACCUCCGCGCGUUAUCUCAGCCCAUACCUCUGCCAUACAUCUACCUCUACCUCCACCUCCUCCAUCUCAACCCCCACUCACGCAUCCUCCAUGCCCCCGCCCCCGCCCCCACCCCCUCCAUGUCUACCACCUCCAUCUCCACCCUGCCACCAACACUAGAAUCAACAAACAAGAACAGAUCUUAAAGUUUUCAUCAAGUUCUGGAGACUACAAUGAAUAUCACUAAUUUCUACAAUGAAUAUCACUAAUAUCUAAAGCGAAUAUCACUAAAAUGUACAGCAGUUGGUGAUGGCAGAGAGACGACGAGGAUAGUGAUGACGGGGAGAGGGAGAGACAUAGUUGGUGAAGAUGAUGGUGAAAUCAGAGCGGUGAGGUGGGUGGUAGUGUUGGUCUAGGUGUGACAGCAGAGGUGGAAGGAGGGGAGAGAUAUGGGGCAGAUCUGAGUGGGGGUUGUCAUGCUUGGUUAAUAGUGUAGCUGAGUGUGCCUUUAGUAAUUAAAGGAGUUUGAAUAGUGGUUUUUAGUUUUUAUUUUAAAAUUUGUUUGUAUUUGAUCAUGAGCCUAUAUAUAUAUAUAUAUAUAUAUAUAUAUAUAUAUAUAUAUAAUGAUAAAAAUCAUUUAUUUUAUUUAUAAAUUUUGAAUUUUAAUUCGAUUAUUCGUUUAUUUUUCCAAUAUAUAUAAUGAAAAUAAAAAAGAUAUGUGCAGAAAAUAUGUAUACAUGUAAUUGCAAAAUGAGAAAUUUACACAUAAGUUACACUAUAAAAGAUAAUAGAGUCAAUUAAAUAUUUUGUUUAAAGUUAAUACUCCAUCCUCUCCGUUUAUAUUGUUCUCAUUUUCUUGUUUCUUUGUUCCAAAAAAUUUUCUGCAAUAAGUUAAUACGGAAGAUUACAUGUUAAAAUUGUUAAUUAUUUGAAGAUAAAAUAACACACAUUUUUGGUAACAUAUGGCUUAUUGCUUAUAAUUGAAUAGAAGAGGGAUUUUAUUUGAUGCACAAUAAAAACGGGUGGAGGGAGUCUUAAUUAUUUGAGUUGAAGUGAAUAAGAAGUAUAUGCAUCUCAAUAAUUAUUUUAAUUUUAAUAUAAUAUGAGAUAUAUAUAUAUAUAUAUAUAUAUAUAUAUAUAUAUAUUUUAAUUUAGUGGUUAUGAUUACAAUAUAAACUCGGUAAAUAAAUAAUCUCGUCAAAUGAUAAUUUUUUGACAUGAUUAGCAGGGUGGUUGGCCCUUAAUGCCCACAAAAUGUGCAACAUAGAUAUGUGUGCUUAUGUUUGCCCAACCUAAAACCUGGCAUCAAUAAUCAAUUAUUUUUUCCCAGUUCUUAGAUAUCCAAAUCUUUUUUAGUUAUUUUUACCUUAUUUUUCUUAAUUUUCAAUUCACUUUGCGCCGACGCCUGUAUAUUCAGUCAAAAAAUGCGGUAGAUUAUGAUUGCUGGUCAGAAAAUAAUGAAAGUGAAAAUUAAUAUAUAUGCUCUGCUGCCGCAAGUCUUAGAAGUCAGAGGAAUUUGUAGUCGUUAAAUUUAAAGCUUGGAUAUGAUAUAUCACUGUUUUUGUUGCUGGUGUUUUAAAGUCACAAGAACAAAAAUCUUCGGUCACGUGUGGGCAUCCAACCCGGCAGGCCCAACGCUCCUUCUGCCACUGUUUGCUGGUGAACUCAAUAUCAUGAUUGUUUGCUGUUGUGUUUGCUGAGUGAAGACUAGAUUAGGUUCCCCUGUGUUCUUUGCACAUCAUGCAUUAGUUAUGUUCCUCUUGGAAUAUCUCGCAUCACUAAAGGUUUGCUAGUUUUGUGUACUUAUUCUGGUGUAUGACAGUUAUAGCGUAUAAACAUUUUUAAACUCGUCAACUGAAUAUGACUGACCUAUAAUGCCUUGUUAACAUACCUGAAUACUAUAAUUUUUAAUUGUAAAAAUAAAUGAGAACUUUCUUUACAUGCAGUACUUGUAUUUAAUCUUAGGAACUCUUCUUCGCACACAGCACUCCCCUACAUGGUAGCCGUUAUGCUAACCGUCCUUUCACCUAUGGCAACUCUGCACCUCUAGCCUCUAGACUGUAAAUAGUUUCCAGGAUAAGAUAGAAUUGAUAUAUAGAGAAUUCAUUGCUCAAGAGAAUAUUUUAUGCGCUUUUUCUAUACAAGUAGUGGUUCAUGGUGUAUGAUUUGCACAUAUGGCUGUCGGUAAACUCAUUGAUGAGUGAACCAUUUUUUUUCACCCCAGUGAUGCUAAGUGCAAAUAUUUUGACUGUUACAAGUCAGCUGCACUUGGUGUAAUAAGUUACAUAAUCUAGUACAUGCAUCCACAAAUCUACUGCAUCCAGAUAAUCCUACUGACGACAUUGGAAUUACAAGCUCCGUGUUUUUUGUCUACUGUGGAAUAUUAUCAACCUUGAUUACUUGUCUAUGUAUAGGUUCAGUUCAUACUGUGUAUUCAUUCAAGUUCAUAUAUUAAAUUGGUACUUGAGUUGUAAUCCCUACAUCACACACACAAGCUCUUCUAUUGCUGUGUAAGAUGACAGUUUAUAAAGAUAUUGCCAAUUUUUCUGUUCAGGAUUGCUAUUGUAAGGGGUUGUCCUGCCUAGUUUGAUUUGUUUCUUACUUUGCUUUCCUUGCAGAUUAAUUUGUAUCUUCUUCACUGCCAGUGUAUCUUCUUGUUGUUCCAUGGUGACCUCAGAAGUCCUGGAAAGGCCAUACUAUAUUGCUUCUGUGGCUGUCUUGUUGCAACCAGAUGUCGGGGUUGCUUAUAAUAUAAGCUGGGCAUCCGAGAAUGGCACAUCAUGUAUGGAAAUGUUGUUUAAAGCAUCAGAAGAUGAGCAAUACAAUCACCAAUUCUUUAACUACUUUCAGGGUGUGAGUAUGAAAUGUUGAAGUAUUCAUCAACACUGCUUCUGAUGCCGAACUCCAAACAUUUGCUUCAACUUCUAGCAGGCAGCAGAUAAGAGUGAAGCAGCUUAUAAACGGAACAUCUUCUGCAGCCAAUGGAAGCAUCUUUAUGAUGGGUGAUUGGUGCUCAUCUGGUUGAAGCAGCAAAUUAUAUGAAGCGUUUUAAACAAAAUUUUGAGCUUCUAUAGUUCGUCCUUGUGCAUAUUUCACCAUCCAUACCUGAAAAAUACUAAUGUAAGAUACAUGUUUGUGAUGUAUCAUUAUUUUACAUCCAGUUCAAAACAGAUUUCUUUUAAAUGUCAAUAUAGUUUUGGCAA